UUAACCUCGAGUGCGCGAUACUGGACCCUGCGGUUGCAUCGACAGUGCGCACAGCUCCGCUGAGGUCAAUGCCUAGGGAAAGGCUGCUGCCCUGGGAGCGGCCGAUGGCACUUCCAGCAGAACGGCUUCCAUACCCAAUGGCACAUCCCAACAGACCACCAGGUGGCACGUUGGCUACUAGGGGAAUUCCACAGGCUGGCAGGCAAUGCAAGCGCAGGUGGGAGGACGAGGAGGACGAGAGGCCUUGGGUGAAGCGGCAACUCACUGUGCCAGAUCAGGAUGAGUGGGCGCCUGUGUCUGCAGCCCUGUGGGCCCACUACCAUCAGCAUCGGCAUACAGAGGACCUGCUGGCACGAAAGCUGGAGCUGCACGGGCGCUUGCUUGGAAAGCUGCGCACCCUCUUUCCUCAGUGUGGCCUGUACAUUGUGGGAUCCUCACUGACUGGCUUUGGGUCCAACAAAAGUGAUGCUGAUAUGUGCCUCAUGAUCACCAUGGACCAGGUUGAUCAGCAGCAGCAGGCAAAACCUAUCCUCACACGUGUGGCCCGCCUCUUGACCAGGACAGGCUGGUGCAUGGGCGGCCGACCAGAGGUGAUUCAUGCCAAAGUGCCCAUCGUGCGCUUCCGCGACCGCACCACAGGUGUUGAGGUGGACAUGAAUGUGAACAAUGUGGUUGGGUUGCGUAACACGCGACUGCUGCAGUGCUAUGCACAGCUGGACCCACGCACAGCCCCCCUCGUACUAGCCGUAAAGGCAUGGGCCUCGGGACGCCACAUCAACGAGGCCAAACACGGGACCCUGUCGAGCUACUCGCUUGCGCUCAUGGUCAUCCAGUACCUGCAGUGUGGUUGUGAGCCAGCUGUUUUGCCAAGCCUUCAAAAGAUGCAGCCGGGCAGGUUCUGCAAUGACGGAGAUGUGCGGUUGCUGCGCUUGGGUGAGGAUCUGCCGCCUUGGCACUCUGCCAACACUCAGAGCCUGGGUGCACUCUUUGUUGGCUUCCUCGACUACUUUGCCAACCGGUUUGGCUUCUCGCGCAGCUGUGUUUCAGUGCGGCAGGGCGCACCCAUCAGCCGCUUGGAGGCAGUCAGUGCAACCGGCACUGCAAGGCGUUCUCAGUGGAAGUACAUCUGCGUCGAAGAGCCCUUUGACCAGUCCAACACGGCCCGUGCAGUGUACAACUGGGAUAUGUACCAGCAGAUAGUGCGAGCCUUCCACGACACCUUGGAGCAAUUGCAGAGCAGCCGCAGCCCUGAGUGCCUCCUGCUGCCUCCGUGCUAGCUGACUGAGUGAAGCACUCCUGCGAGAGACAGUUGUACAGCGUGUGUGUAAUAAUUUCAUAA